UUGCGGAAAAUAAAAAGAAGAAAAUGACAAAGCAGGAAAGCUUACUGUUGAUGGCGAAACGAGUAGGUGAUACAGUUAGAAAAAUGGCGGGAGAUGGUAAAAGCUUGUAUACUCCUUUCAUGGCGGCAGCUUCUAAUGCUGUUUCUCAGCGUAUUGCUAGUGUUGAUUUUGUCCUUGAUCUUCGAGAUGCUCGGAUACCAUUGUCAUCAGAAUGUGAGCUACUUAGGAGACUAUCUUCUUCUUCGUCUUCACGUCGCAUUGUAGUUUUAAACAAGGUGGAUCUUGCUAGUCGCUCAAAUGUCAAGGAAUGGACAAGGUAUUUCGAACGAGAAAGCUUUCCGACAUUCGGUGUGAAUUCACAUAAUAAAGAUAACAUUCAAGAGUUCCUAGGUUUUUUACAAAGCCAAGUGAGAGCUUUGAAGAAAGCGGAGCCUGAAAGGCAUACCAUAACAAUGAUGUUGGUUGGUAUCCCCAAUGUUGGGAAGUCGGCUCUUGCAAAUUCCUUGCAUCACAUCGGGCGGAUUAGUGCUGCAGAGAAAGGGAAUCUGAAGCAUGCAGUUGUCAGCCCUAUUCCCGGUGAGACGAAGGGUAUUUGCAGCUUGAAGGUUGCUAGCCAUCCUAGCAUUUAUAUCUUGGAUACCCCCGGUAUUCUACCACCACAGCUGAUAGAUGUGGAAGUCUGCGCCAAGUUAGCUUUAACAGGAGCUCUCAGAGACAAUUUAGCAGGCGAAAAAGCACUUGCACAAUAUUUUCUCUCUGUCCUAAACUUUAACCAUGAGUACCAGAAAUGGGAGAAGCUAUCUACCUUUGAGCUUCCCAAUUCAGGAAACAAUGACAAUGUUUUGCCACGCAUUGGUAGCUUUGAAAACAAAACCUCAACACCAGAAAUCAUCACGGACCAUACUCAGGAUUCAGUAGUACUCUCAGUUCGUAGAAGUCUGUUUGAAGCUGUUACAUCCUUCAGAGGUAAUUUACGAGAAGAGGAGGAACUGUUAAGGCUUAUAAAAGCAGAGUUUGACGUUUUGAAAAAGGCUUUUAAAUUGCCAACAGGGCCAGAGGAGGAUAUUGAGCACAAAGUUGCAGUUAAAUUACUAAAUCUUUUUCGAACCGGGAGACUUGGUCAUUAUAUAUUAGACUCCAUACCUGUAAACAUCAAAGAUGUCUAACCCUAGUUUGGUUAACCAUUGUUUUAUGCUGAAGGUCUACUUAAUCCAGUAUGAGCAGUCAUGGCAGGGGUUUGGAUUACAGAGUACCUUGGGUGUUCGACUGUUUGUAGACUUUGUACGGAGUAUAUUGUAUACACAUUGGGUAAUAUGAUAAAAGCCUAACUGGCAAUCGUAUUUCAUGUAUCUCUCUUCUACUCAAACGAAACGUGCUCAUAACGAAAGCAUUACCAAUUACCUCCUGUCUGCACUUUUACAAUGCAUUCCUGUAUAAACUGCUAAAAAAACCCAACCACAUUGAAUCAUUGUACAGAAUAGAACAAGCAGUAACAAAACUACUCAAAUAUCUUUUAUGUUAACUCACAACAAUAAUCCAUCAAGAAGCCAACUCCAACUGGGUCACAUUUUCAGAAAUGCCUUGCUAGGCCUUAAAACUGACACUAAGGAGUGUACUUCGUAUUUUGAGUGAGUGCAGACUGCAGAACGUGAAUAAACCCAUUUGCAACAUUAUUUCUGCCAUCUUAGGAAAGUGAUCCAAGGCACUCAAAAGUCAUAAACCACAAAACUUCCUACUAUCAUAACACAGCUUCAGAUUGGCACCAAUUCCAAGUGCUUGACAUGACGCAGCAAACCCCACCUGCUCUAACAACCUAUGCUACCCAUCCCUCUACAAACCUCUAGUGAGGUUAGGACAACACCACAGCCUGAACUGCCAGGGUUAAUUCAACAG